AUGGAACUUUUGCUUCCUAACACCAGUAUCAAUGGCUUCCCUGCUCAUGGCCCUCCGAAGCGCGCUAGCGCUAAAAAACCCUCAUCCCCAUCACAAGCUCUUCAAUCUGCCCCGGGAAGCUCCCCUACAGGCGUAUCCCCGCCGAACCCAAAAUAUUUGUCUGAAAUCCGCGAGAUUUUGGGUCUCCAAUCCGCGAAACCGGACGGUCAUUUUGCCAAGACCUUCCUAUUUAGCGCGCCCUAUUUGCCGGCCAAACCAGCCGCCCAUGCAGAUUCUUCUCCUCAAAUCCGCAGUGCCCCGGUCAAAGGUCUCAAAUCCGCGAAAAGUCGAUACGCCCCUAGGGGAGCUUCCCGGGGCCUAUCCGUACUCGACUCAGAAUAA